AUGGCUGCCACCGCCGCUGUUGCUCCGGCUCCCGCCCCGGCCCCUGCUGCGGCGGCCAGCAGCAAGCCGACCCAGCCCGACCGUGCUGCCUUUGAGAAGGAGCUCGCCCGUCUUGAGAAGGAGAACAAGGAUGUUCUCGACAAGCUGAAUGCUGUCAAGAAUAAGAUCGCUCUGGCCAUUCCCGACAAGGCCAACCCCAGCCCUUCGGAGCAGCGUCGUCAGGAACUCAUCGCCCAGGCUAAGGAGAUCCAGAAGAAGCAAGGUGCUGGCAAGGACCAGCGUCUGUCGGUUAAGGAGAAGAUCCAAAAGAAGGAGGAGGAACUCCGCGCCACCCUGGCUGAACUCAAGGCCGCCCAGGAGAAGGUCCCCUUCCGCUCUGUCGCCGAGAUUGAUCGCAAGAUCAACGAACUUGAAGCCGCCGUCGAGAAGGGCACCAUGAAGCUGGUGGAUGAGAGGAAGGCAUUGACUGAGGCAUCGAACCUUCGCCGUCUCAAGAAGUCCUUCUCCAAGUACGCAGACAUGCAGAAGAAGAUCGACGACCUGCGCGCCGAGAUCAAGGAGCUCAAGGCCAGCAUGGACACAGCCGAGGCUAAGGCCCUCAGCGAGGAGUACCAGCGUAUCCAGGCUGAGCUGGACGCCCUGGACAAGGAGCGUAAGGAGGCGUCCGCCAACCUGACGGCCCUCAAGAAGGAGCGCGACGCUCUGCGCAAGCAGCAGCAGGCCGCCUACGCCGCCAUCAAGGCCCACAAGGACGCCUACUACGACCAGCGCCGCGCCUGGGACCGCUACAUCAAGGAGCAGAAGCGCAAGCGUGCUGAGCGUGAGAAGGCCGAGCGUGAGCGCAUCGCCCGUGAACGCCGCAUGGAGCGCGCCCAGCGCAUGCUGGCCGAGGCUUCGGAGCCCGCUUACCUCGAAGAGAUCCGCCGUGCGAACAACCUCCUGCACUACUUCGACCCGUCGCACCCCGUCGUCGAGAAGAAGGCCCUCAUCCAGGACAAGGGUCUGGCUGCUGCCCCUCAGCGCAAGGUCACUGAGGAUGAUCUUGUUGCUAAGGGCAUGGUCCGUCUUGCCCGCAAGGAGGACCGCAUGGAGGAGUACCUGCCGGCGAAGAAGACCGGCAAGAAGGGCGGCAACAAGAAGGCUGCCGAGGCGCCUAGCAACAAAUUCUCCGUACCUCCGUCGGUGGUUGAGGACUGCGCUUUCAUUGGUGUUGAGCCGCCCAUGAGCGCUGCCGAGGUGCCUGGUGUCAUGGAGAAGAUCCGGGCUAAGCUGGAGCAGUGGAAGAUUGACCAGCCGAUUCAGACGCAGAAGAACAUCGAAAAGGCCAAGGCUGAGAUCGCCCGCCUCGAGGCCGAGGAGGACGCCGCUGCCGCCAAGGAGGCCGCUGCUAACGCCUCGGGCUCUGCUUCCGGCCGCAGCUCGCCUGCUAAGGAGCAGGAGGCUUCUGAGAAGAAAGAGGAUGCUCCUGCUGAGGAGAAAGCAGAGGCCAACGGUGAGGAGAAUAAGGGGGAGAACGCUUAA